UUAUGGGAAUGAUUUAUACGAGUAAUUUUUAUUGAAACUUAUCAAAUUUUGAAGAAAAAAAAAUCACCUAUGAGUAAUUUGAUUGAUCAGCAGCUAUUCUCAAUCAUUGGAGUUUCCUUAGUGAAAAUUAUAUUUCCCAUACUCGUGGUGUGUGAUUUAUUAAUUAUGAUUUUCUUUGCGAUACGAUUCCAUAAUACGAGUAUACCUGGCUAUAAUAAGAUGAAUAUUAUUUAUGUAGAAAAAUUAUCAUUUGUUUUGUAUAUUCUCAUGAAGUAAUUUAUUCUGUAGCAGUUGUUCAUUUAUUCAUGACAAUAGAUCGACCUUGUUUAAUACGGUUUACUCGAGCAAAGUGUUUUACAAAAUGUAACUUUGAGGUGCUUUCAUUUAACGUUACUUCUUUGUGGUUGCUGUUUUUUGGCUGAAUAUCGGAUGGUUAUACGGACAUUGUAUUAAUCUUAUAAAGAAUAAUCAUCUGAAAAAACCCGCUUCCUGACUGAUAUAUAAAUACUCGUUGGAAUAUUCAGAAUCAUACUAUCGAUCAAAUUACAAAAAACACGAUGGGUAUGGGUUACAGUAAAUGGCCGGAAGAUGUCGGAAUCAAAGCGAUCGAAUUCAUUUUCCCGAUGGAGUACGUCGAUCAAACCGAACUGGAGGAAUUCGAUGGCGUUUCCGCUGGGAAAUACACCAUAGGAUUAGGUCAGAAAGAAAUGGGUUUCUGUUCGGACCUCGAAGACAUAAAUUCAUUAUGUUUAACAGCUCUGAAUAAGUUAAUGGAGAAUAACAAUUUAAAAUACGAAGAUAUCGGAAGAAUAGACGUAGGCACCGAAACCAUAGUGGACAAAUCCAAAAGUGUAAAAAGCGUGUUGAUGAAUUUAUUCAAAGAUAGCGGUAAUUUCGAUGUCGAAGGCUUAGAUACGACCAAUGCUUGCUACGGCGGUACUGCUGCUUUAUUCAAUGCUUUGGCGUGGAUCGAAUCCAGCGCCUGGGAUAAAAAACGAUUAGCGGUGGUGAUAGCUGGUGAUAUUGCCGUUUAUGCAAAAGGCAACGCUCGUUCGACUGGCGGAGCUGGUGCAGUAGCUAUGCUAAUUGGUCCUAAUGCUCCUAUCGUAGUAGAGCGAGGUUUACGCGGUACGUAUAUGGCUCAUGUGUACGAUUUUUAUAAACCCGAUUUGAAAUCGGAAUAUCCCAUUGUUGAUGGACAACUAUCCAUUGAGUGUUAUUUAAAGGCUUUGGAUGCCUGUUACAUGAAGUACCGUGAAAAAACUAAAGAUCCUGAUUUUCGUAUUGAUAAAUUAGACGCUAUGGUGUUUCAUUCGCCGUAUUGUAAAUUAGUGCAGAAAUCUAGUGCUAGGUUAUUAUUCAAUGAUUACGUAUUAUGCCCGGAUAAGCAGAAAUAUUAUCCGGAAUUGGAGCAUUUGAAAGAGGUAAAACUCGAAAAAACGUAUUUCGACCGCGAUAUCGAAAAAUUGUUUUUAACUCGUGGUCAACAACUUUUCGAUACCAUGACCAAAAAAUCACUGCUGCUGGCGAGUCGUGUUGGAAACAUGUAUACAGCAUCGGUGUACAGCUGUCUUGCUUCCUAUCUAACGACUACUCCUGCUGACGAAUUGCCGGGUAAAAGGAUAGGUAUUUUUUCAUACGGAUCGGGGCUGGCAUCCUCCAUGUAUUCGGUGAAAAUUAAAGGAGGUCCUCAUCUGGAAAAAUUAAUCAACGGUAUUUGUAAUAUUACGGAAAAACUCGAUUCUCGCAAAAAAGUUUCACCUCGUGAAUUUAACGAUAUCCUUCAAAAACGUGCCGAAACCUUGCACGAUGCUCCGUUUACUCCAUCCGCAUCAACCGAUACAUUGUUUCCAGGUACAUGGCAUCUGAGCCAUAUUGAUGAGAAGCAUCGUAGGAAAUACGCUAGAAAAACAUGAAAGAAGCAGCUAUUUGUGUUAAUUUCAGAUCAUGAAUUUAGGAAAUUCUCGUUUUUCUUUAUAGAAUGAAUUCUGUGUUGUUUAAAAUUAAUUUAUUCAGAUCAAGUUUGAAGUGAUUAUUCGGGAUAUUUGGUUACCAUCGGCAUCGCAUUGUUGUACUUGAGUUGAGAAAUAUACUUAAUGAAAUAUUGCUAUUCCAUAAUUUUUUAAGUUAAUUUACGGUAUGUUUUUCAUUUUUUUUUUUUUUGAGCGAUGACCAAGUAUUUUAAUUUCAAUAUUUUCCCCGAGUUAUUACGUUAAUUAUUUUAGUUUAGUACUUAACGUGUUAAAUGGUCUGUUGAUUGGGUUUUUAAUUAAUAUUUGUUUACCUGAAUUAUACUUGUGCAUCUUGAAUUUAUAAUGUUGAGAACAAUCUUCAUAAUCAAAUAUUAUUACUUCAAAUCUCGAUGUAAUCAAAUUCAAUGAUGAAAUAACGUCUCUGUAAAAAUUCAAUGUUGGUUACCUAUUGUGUCUGUAGAAAAAGUAAGCCAUCAUCACGACAUUUGAAGAAGUUCAGCGCCAUUCUUGCUUACUAGUGGUUUAAAAAAAAUAGGUAGCUUAGCUUUUUUGACGCAAUAGGCCUAGAUUGUAUGUAAAUAGUUAUACGAACUUACGCUCCAGUUCUUUUCUAUUUAUAAUAUUUUGUAUCUUUUAUUUUUUGAUAGAAAAAUUUUACCAGUUAAAAUGAAUUAUAAUUACACUAAGUAUUAAUGUUUCUGUAAUUUUCUUUAAUGUUUUUAAAGUAUGUCGUUGAACCGACUAGAAGGUCAACAGCAGAGGCUUUCCAAAUUCUGGUAUCUCACGCUUUCGGCGACGCCGGCAGUCCUUAUCUAAUUCGAGUGUUUGGAAUUCUUCAAAGCAUUUCUUAAAAAUGGAGCGUCAACCGAUAUUACCAUUGAACCUUCUCACGUGGAUGGUAUAUCACCACAGAUCGAAUUCCGGAGUUAACAAUGCGCUUUGUUUACAACCUGUUUUGUUGACGUACUCGCCGGAGUGUUCUUCCUACUGACAGCGAUGUACGUCGUAGAAUAUGAACAAGCCACGGAAAGGCAAUUACAAGGCAAAGACAAUCCAGUAGCCAGUAGUGAUUUAUAUUCAGAUGUAUUGGAUGUAGAUGCGACCAAACAUACUUAAAGAGAUUUUUGAUGAGAAGUUAAGAAGAUUAAAAGACUGCCACGGCCAAGAAUCCAAGAGUAUUUUGCAUUUACUCGUCAAUUUUACUUGAAAAAAAGUAUAUUGUGCUGGCCUACUUGGUUCGCUAUAGUGAAUGAGUUGAAAAAAAUUGAUGUUUUAAUUUGAUUAUUAUGAAUUUAAGUUCCUAUGCGAUGUUUUACAAUUUUUUUUUUUUACAUUUUUUUGCAACAUAUUCACGUACUUGAAAUGCGAAUAUUGUAUUUAAUCUAUCAAAGCAACGAAAGUCGACUGUGAAAAUAUGAGAGAGAUUUUUAGUACGGGUAGUAUCCGUUAAAAUGUUUUUCAAAGUAAUUUUAAGCGAAAAGCGAGGUUACGCGUCCGGCAUCUUCGUACUUAUAUUUUUAAUAAUUCAUCGUGUUACGAUUGUGAAAAUUCCUAUUCCAAAUUUUAAUUAUUCGUAGAUCUGAAUAGAAGAGCGGUCAAAUGGUUAUUGCCGUCCAUUAUCGAAGUUCCUGAAUUAGAAAAAUCAGUUGAAAUUAAAUCGAAUUUAUUUUCCGGGUUUAUCCUGUAUUUUACCUAUUGAAUUGUGUUUUUGCAAAGAAAGCUGCUUCCUGUUACCUAUUUUAUUUUAGAGGUGUGUGUUGCUAGUAUUUACCUAAUGUUCCUUGAAGUCGCUUGAAGUAAAUGAUUACAAGUGAAGUAGGUAGGUAAUUGCAUACUUUGAGAGUUGGUAGUCAAAAUUCCACGUGUAUGAUUAUUGUUGGAAAGACGUGAUGAGUCGUAUAUUUUUAAGCUUGUUGUUUCUUGUUGUUGAACUUAUUGAAUAGAUGUAUUUUUAUUUAAUUUGAUCGCAAAUGUUGUAUUUUGUAUUGCAAUUUCAAUUACGUAUUUAUCGCGCUUAUGUUCCGAAUUGAUAUUUUCAAAGUUAUACAAAAAGAGUUUGUGAAUUGUGCGAGAUUAACGUUUUUUUAAUGUGAUGUUAUCGUAACUUUGGUACAAAAAUUAUUCAAUAACGGUUUCCAUAAUCAAAUUUUUAUGCCAUAUUGUCUUGUGUAUGUUUGUGACUAUGUAUGUAUGUAUGAUGAGCGUUCAUAACACAAUGCAUUGUACCAAAGCAUUUACCUACUUGUAAUUCAAUACAGUUUAUAUUUUUAAGAAAACAAAAUAUCGUAAUGUUUUCAAAUUUCAUACCUCGUGUUUUUUUUAAAAAAUUUUCAUCUAGGUACUUGUACCUAUCUCAUAUUAUUUAUUCGAUGUUACAUCAAGUUGUAACAAAUAUCUAUGUGAAAGUAUUCUAUGUAAUUAUUUCAUCCCGUAUAGUGAAGUUUUGAAGUUUCCGGUUGAAUUAAAAUAGUUGAUUUGAA